UUAUUUUUUGACGUAGUUGUUAUUAGCUAGCACUGCUAGCCACUCGGCGUGAACAGCCGUGUGCAGACGCAAACGCAGUUCAGCGAAGUGAAGCGAUGCUAGUGACCCAAUACAAGGGUACCCAUGCAAAGUUGAGCUGCAACAUUUUUUAGGUAGAUUAAAUAUUUUAGCAGUGGGCUGAAACCAAAAGAAAAACUAUAUUUACUUUCGUGUGAACAAAGUUUGGUGCUGUAAUUUUCGGGUGAACUGUUUGUGCAAACUUGCAGCAGCUUUAAAUAAACGACCUCGGGAUUCCAGAGCAGAGCAGAAGCUAAUGUUAGCCUCCGAGCUAAAGCAGAAGCUAAUGUUAGCCUCCGAGCUAAAGCCACAAGCAGGGUAGUUUCUGUAUUCACAGCAUGAUGCUGGCAGCCUUUGCCGGGGCUGGUUGAAGACUUGUCUCGGUGCUUAAUAGUUCCCCGGCUGUAUACGACCACUCGCCACAGAACUCAAGUUGCUGGUUAGCUAGCUAACCAUAGCAUUACCCCUCUAGUUAAGAAGCUAGCUGGCUAGCUGCCUUCCGCCGAGCUGCACUUCCCCCACUCUCCCUCCAGCCGGCGAGCCGCAGCGUUGGUCCGCUACAUAAAAUGAAGCGACCAUCAGCGUUUUGGGAAGCUGUGUGGCUGUUUGGAUUUUGCUGAUGUAUGAAGAGACGAUAUUGUUUUUGUGAGAUCUCUGUCAAGGAGGUCAAAAUCAGUACAGGGGAUGGACGAGCAGAAAUCAAACUGCGAAGAAAAUGACUCUGAACCAACAGCUGAUGAUAAUGCCCCUUCGAAGCAGCUUGCCUCCUCUGAGGAGGAGUCCAAAGCCCUUCCUGCUGCUGAGGAUGUGUCUGGUGCUACUGCAGCCUCAUCCGACACACCUGUAGAGAGCAUUCGAGCCUGUGCGCUUUGUAACUGUGUGGAGCGGAGCUUGCAUGGACAGCGGGAACUGAGACACUUUGGGCCAUCUUCUGAGCGGCCGACCCUGAAGCCAUCAGCUUCCUCACUGCCACAGCCCGGGAAUGAUGACCUGUCUUCCAUUGGAUUUUCAGACUCCCCUUGUCUGGCAUCGCUUUUUGACGACUCAGGGGGUUGUUUGGUUCAUCACUGGUGUGCGGUGUGGUCGGAGGGAGUGAAGCGGAUGGAGAAUGAGGAGCUGGAGAAUGUGGAUAAGGCCGUUAUCUCAGGGACACAGCGGCUUUGCGAAUACUGCAAAAGGCUGGGCGCAACCAUUCGCUGCCAUGCUGAGGGCUGCUCACGGUUCUAUCACUUCCCCUGCUCGGCAGCCAGUGGAUCCUUCCAGUCUAUGAAGCAGUUGGUCCUCCUCUGUCCAGAGCACAUAGACAAGGCAGAGGAGCUGGCAGGUGAGGAGGCUUGGUGUGCAGUGUGUGACUCAGCGGGGGAGCUCACAGAUUUGCUGUUCUGUACGGGUUGUGGCCAACAUUAUCAUGCGGCCUGUCUGGAGAUUGGUGCAACACCCAUCCAGCGGGCAGGAUGGCAGUGUCCUGAGUGUAAAGUGUGCCAGACUUGCAGACAACCAGGGGAAGACUCCAAAAUGUUGGUAUGCGAUGCCUGUGAUAAGGGCUACCACACUUUCUGUCUCCAGCCAGCCAUGGACUCUCUUCCAACUGACCCAUGGAAAUGCAGAAGGUGUCGUGUAUGUACGGAGUGUGGUGUCCGUGGACUUGUGCUGCCAGGUUCGGCCCAGUGGUUUGACAACUAUGCUGUGUGUGAGGGCUGCCAGCGUCAUCGCAGCUCUGUGUGUGGCGUGUGCAGCAAAGCUGCCAACCCAUCUGUCACUCUGCAAUGCUGCACCAUGUGCCACAGGUGGGUGCACAGUGAGUGUGCUCUACUAGCAGAGCUUCCAGAAGCCAAGUGCAUUUGCCUGCUUUGCAAGGAGGAUCAGCAGCAGCCUGUCACUCAACCACACACAGCGGGGAUACAAACCAGAGAGGCGUCUGAGGAGACUGAAGGACAUGUUGAUUUGGUGGAGAUGACAAUCCAAACAGAUGCAGACAUGGUGACAGAAGAGCACACAGACUUCUCAGAGGUGACACCAGGACAGAGAGCCACAUCAGAGACCGGUCAGGCUGAAGACACGACUGACAAAGAGACACCCAUGGAAGGCGUGGAGUCUGCAGUUGUUGAGACAACAGACGUUGGGGACAAAAUCAUGGAGGACAAGCAGCAGGGCGCAACAGAAAGGUUGACUUCUGAGGCCCCAGCUGAGUCCACAGAUUGUGCAACAAAAGAACAGAGAGCCUCUUGUCUACCUGCUGAUGAAGAGAGAGCAGAAGAGGCAGUGGGCCAAAUGACUCAAGCCACCCCUUCCCAGGACCCCACAGCAGAGACACAGUCUGCCAACCCUAAAGUAGAAGCAACAGCGGUGUCACAGCAGGGCCCUGAAAGUAUGGAGGUGGAGAAGCAGGAGGCCACUCCCUCAGAGAAACAAGAAGCAUCAACAGAGUUAUUAAACAAUGGCUCUGAUGGAACAGAACCACCAAGUAAAGAUCCACCAAAGUUACCAGCUUCUCCUGCCCCUGAGGACAAAACGCAACAUUUGCCCAUGGAUAAUCGUCAGGAAAGAAGUCCAUGCCAGGACCCUCAGUCUCCUUCUCCUCUUUCUCUAUCACUAGACACACAAGAGGCCCUCUCCUCUAUGGAAAUGGAGGCGAGGUUACUACCUCACUCUGAGGAAGAGGAGGAUGAUGAUUAUGACGAGCAUAUGAAAGGAGAAGGAUUUAAUGAGGACAUAAAGCGGGAACUGCGGGAGCGAGAAGUCAAGGAGGAAUUGCUGCUGGAUGAGACGUCCAAUAUGAGCCACGGAGAUGAGAGCAGCAGUGGCUUUCUGGGCUCUCCAGGAGAAGCCGACCCUCAGCUCUCCAUGGAGUUUGGCCUCCUACCUGCUGGACGCUCGGAUAACCUGCUCACUGAGACUGAUGACUCGCUUCCCUUCGAACCCUUCAGAAGCGACCGAGAGAAGGUAAAGCGCAGAGGAUCUCCUGGCCGCUCACGGGUCAAACAGGGACGAAGCAAUAGUUUUCCUGGGAAGCGAAGACCUCGAGGGGGUGGUGGAGGGAGGGGGCGUGGUGGGAGGUCACGCCUCAAAGCCAUGGCUUCCUGUAUUGAUGCUUUCUUGCUAAGCAUGACCACAGACACUGGAGUAAGUAAGGAGGAAGAUGAUGAGGAAGAUGACACAAUGCAGAACACAGUGGUUCUUUUCUCAAACACCGAUAAAUUUGUCCUGCUUCAGGACAUGUGUGUUGUGUGUGGCAGUUUUGGAAAGGGUUCGGAGGGGCAGUUGUUGGCUUGUGCUCAGUGUGCCCAGUGUUACCAUCCUUACUGUGUGAACAGCAAAAUCACCAAGACGAUGCUCCGUAAGGGCUGGCGGUGUUUGGAAUGUAUUGUGUGUGAGAUGUGUGGGAAAGCUUCGGACCCCUCCCGUCUGCUGCUGUGUGACGACUGUGAUGUCAGCUAUCACACCUACUGCUUGGACCCGCCCCUGCACAAUGUUCCCAAGGGUGGUUGGAAGUGCAAAUGGUGUGUGUGCUGUGUGCAGUGUGGCUCCAACUCCCCAGGCUUCCACUGCGAGUGGCAGAACAACUACACCCACUGUGGCCCCUGCGCCAGCCUUGUCACUUGUCCAGUAUGCAGAGAGAACUUCAUGGAGGAGGAGCUGCUGCUGCAGUGUCAGUACUGCGAUCGAUGGGUCCAUGCUGUCUGUGAGAGUCUGUACACAGAGGAUGAGGUGGAACAAGCUUCUGAUGAGGGCUUUGCAUGCACAUCCUGCAGCGCAUAUGUUCCAAAACCUGUGGUAGUAGAGUCAGCCAUUAUGGCUUCAAUAAAGAUCAAAGAGCCAGAGCCCCAGUUCUACCGGUUGGAAGGUGUGUGGCUGACUGAGUCAGGGAUGUCCCUGCUUCGCAGCAUCUCCAUGUCUCCCCUUCACAAGAGACGGCAGCGUCGCUCCCGUCUCGGCACUCUGUGUUGUGAUGGAGGUCCUGAUGGGAUGGAUCUGAGGGAGGUCGACGAUGGGGAGGAUGGAAAAGGUUGUGGGGAGCCCAUGGAUUGUGAAUCCAAGAUGGAGAAUCAUGGGAGCCCUGACAGAGAAGGUGGUGCCGAGGGAGGCGCUGAGGGCAUGGCUGAUUGCGAUGGCCUCAAAGGAGGAGCAGAGGAGAUGGAUGAUAGCAAAAAGAGAAAGCGGAAACCUUACAGACCUGGAAUUGGAGGCUUCAUGGUGCGACAAAGAAAGUGUCACACACGAUUGAAGAAGGAAUUUUUUGCCCAGCUGGCUGGAGAGACUACAUUAGAUGGACAGCCAAUCGAGAGAACCAUUGAUGAAGGCCCUCACCCUGAUACCGAUAACAUCAUGGAUCCUAAACCAGCAGAGGGCGUUGAGGAACAGGCCAAGAAACGCAGAGGACGGAAGAAGAGCAAACUGGAGGACAUGUUUCCAUCUUAUCUCCAGGAGGCUUUCUUUGGGAAGACACUAAUAGACUUGAGUAAGAAAGCAGUGAUGAUACCCCCAGGGCAGAGGCCGGGCGCAUGCCUUGUCCGACCUUCAUUACCAGCACCACCAGGGGUCAAAACUUCUGCCCCAGAGACUGAGGAUCGUGUGGUGAAAGAUAAUUUUCCUCUCAAGCAAGAGGGGGGUGAGGCCCCCCAGGCUCAGGGAGAAGGUGCAGGAGUUUCUGCACCAUCCUCAUCGCUGAAGGACCAGGCCUCAACUGAUCCUCAGGACUCUGAUGCAGAAAAAAGUGAAGGUGUUCUGCAAGGGUUUGAGAGUCAGGACUCUGAGCAGUUCUUCAGGAAGGUUCUGGGAGUGUCAGACGGCUCCUCUUUAGGGGGCAUGAAGCCCAUCUUGGAGGGCAGUAAGGGAGAACUCAAUCGUAGCGCUCUGCCGCAGAGAGCUCUCCUCUCAGGGUCCCUGCCCUCGGCUGGAAUGAUGGAUGCCUUUCCUGGCCUCUCUCAGUCACCGUUCUUUGACAUGCGGGACAGAGGAGGACUGUUCAGUCCAGAUGGGGGUGAGGAAAGCCCUUGGGCCACUCCCUCAACCCCAGCAACCCCCUCCUCCCCACCGACCCCAACUGAGGCAGAGGGUGAUGGACUGUCCUACAACCAGCGCAGCCUCCAGCGCUGGGAGAAAGACGAGGAGCUGGGAGAACUCUCUACCAUUUCCCCUGUGCUUUAUGCCAAUACCAACUUUCCGUCUCUUAAACAGGAUUACCCAGACUGGGCCAGUCGCUGUAAGCAAAUCAUGAAGAUCUGGAGGAAGGUGUCAGCUGCUGACAAGGUUCCAUAUCUGCAAAAGGCCAAAGAUAACCGAGCAGCUCAGAGGAUAAACAAGGCACAGAAGCAGGCAGAGAGUCAGGUGUGCAGGCCAGUCAAGACAGAAGGAGUGCGCGUGAAGACGGAAAGGCCCAGUUUACACCUCCAGAUCCCUCCACCUUCAGGCUCUACAUCAAUCUCUUCCCAGCCCAGCUCUGCAGAAAGCCCAUUUCCCUUCCCUCCAGAUUCAGGAUCAUCCUCUGUCUUUUUCUCAGAUGGACCUGUUAAGACCCCCGGGUCAGCCGAAAUCCGGACAGAUCCCUUGGCCAAGCUUCCUCCUCAGUCUCCCCAUUCUCACUCUCACCCAACCACACCCUUCUCCCAUGCUGGGGCCAGCCCCUUACAGGCCUCUUCCUCAGGUUAUUCCGCUUCCGGCCCACAGGGUCCUCCUCAGGGACGGCCAGCCAGUCUUGGCCCCUUUGACAUGCAACCAGGAACUCCUGGAACCCCCAGACGGGCUCAGCAGGUUGACCCCUACUUCAGAUCACAGCUGCAGCAGCAACAGGGUCAUCUACCACAAUCACAGCAAGGCUCCCAGGAGUCUCUAGGACCUCCAGAAAGUCCUCAUUCAAGAGGCGCAGGGCUUGGGGAGUCGCCCAUCUUCUCACCACCCCACAAUACCCACUAUGGAGACCCUUUCAGAACCCAGCAAGGGAUGGGGCGGCCAGAAUAUGGGUCAUCCCCAUCCCCCUCUGCUGUGGCUUCCUCACCUGUGAGCACAGGGCAGUACAGGGCUGACAUGAGCGCACCUUCUCCACGCUCCUCGGCAGUUGGAAGACCUGAUCUAUCCACUGGCUCUCCUGCUGGGAUGCUGGAGUCUGGGGACGGGUUAUUCAAGGCACCUAUGACACCACGGAUGCACCAAGGGGAGGGUGGGGCACUUCAUCCUGGAGCUUCCCCUAGCCACCACUCUGAAAGCUACAGACAGUCUCCCUCUCACCCUUUCUCUGACCCACACACUCAGCCACCACUGACUCCAAGGCCGCAGUCAGGCGACAACUGUUCUGUUGGACCCCAGAGACACCCCGUAGCUCAACAGGAAUUAUGCCCUAGAGUGCCCUCCAGCCCUCAGUCACAGGGCAGCUCUCAGUCUCCCCACACUCCUGGUGGCCUCUCCAAUGAUGCUUACUCUGUCCAUUCUCCUGCUACACCUCGUUUCCAAUCCCCAGACCCGUGUUCUCAGCCACCCUCAAGGCCACAAUCUAGAGACCCUUUUGCUACUAUACACAAACCCCCUCGUCCCUCCUCUGUCGCAGCUCAGAGCUCACCCCAUCCUAACCAGCCACCUCCACCCCACCCUACCAACAGUUCCAUAGGGGAUCCUCUCUCUGGUAAACCGUCAGCACCUCCUACUUUCAGCCGCAGCCCCAGCACAGGAGGCUUCCAAGUGACCCAGCAGCAGAGCCAGGUGUUACCGGGUCAGAUUCAGCAACAACAGGCACAAACUCAGCAGACUAUGGGGGCAGACGGCUUUGCAUCCAGGGUGCCACCUCCUUCUGAAUCUCAAGAACUAUCGGCUGUCCGCCCUCCAGACGCGCCUCAUCAGCCCAAUGUGCCAGGCUCGCAAGAAAUGCCCGACAUUUCAGCAGUGCAGGACCCUGCAUUAGUUGGGCUUAGCCCCUCUGAGCUGGAGAAGCACAGACAGCGACUGAGACUGAGGGAAUUCUUAAUCAGACAACAAAUGCAGAGAAACUCCAUUAGACAAGAGAAGGAGGCAGCAGCUGCUGCUGCCGGCAGUGCAUCCCCUGGCUGGUCUGGAGGAGAGAUGGGAGCCUUUCAACAAGAUAAGGUCCACAGAGCACCUCCACCUUAUCCACAGGAUCGGGUUGCUGCUACUACUGCUGGACCUCAGGCUUCUGUGGCAGGGAAGAUGCCCAUGGCUGUUGGAGGAAUGGGGGACAAGCUCAUUCGCCCACCACCUACAGGAACUCCCGCCAUCAUGGAUCCUAGUGCAUUGAGGCCACCAGGGCCCACCAGACCUCAGAGCAUGUUUGCCCGUCCACCAUUUCCUCCUCAGUGGCAGGGUCAGGCUCCGGGACCAAGGAGGUUCCCUCAGCCAGGAAUGGAGGCUAUGGGCAUAAGACACAAUCUCAACCCUGCAGUCAACAUCCAGGGUAUGGAAGGCAUGGCUAACCCUCACACCAUGAUACAGGGACAUGGAGGAGAGACCAUGCAGCCAGUGGGUCAAGGACCCCCACCGCAGUUCAUUGAAUUGAGACACAACUCACAGAGGUUGCCCCUACGACCUCAGUUUAUGGCCCGUGGACCCCAGCCCAGACCACGUCUCUUUGUCCCACAACAAGAGAUGCCAGCACCUUAUGUUCAGCAACAUCCCAUAGCUCAGGCUGCUGGCAUGCAAACAGAGGGAAGCAGCAACUCACAACUGCAGUUACAGCAGGGUGGACUGCCAGUUUUACUGCCUCAGCAGUCUACUGGCCCAGUAACGCAACAGCCCCACCUGCAGACAGCUACUUCCACUGCAAACAUUCCUAGCACUGAGCAGCAUCAGCUUCGACAACCAGGCCUAGUCACACAGCCCCAGACUGCCACGGCAGAAAAUAGUGAGGAGCUGCCAGAGCCUGACCUCGAGGGGCUUGGGGAUGCUCCGGGGGAUGGAGGCGUGGAGGAUGAGGAUGAUUUGGCUCUAGACUUGGAUCCUGACAAAGGAGAUGAUGACUUGGGCAACCUGGACAACCUUGAAACCAAUGAUCCACAUCUAGAUGACUUGCUUAAUAGUGAUGAGUUUGACCUACUGGCUUACACUGACCCUGAACUUGACCAAGGGGACCCUAAAGACGUCUUCUCAGACCAGCUGCGGUUGAUGGAAGCGGAAAGUGAAGCACCUUCAUCUUCUGCUGGUUCUGCUCAUGUUAAAGUAGAAGGAAAAGCUAAGGUGGAGCCAGGGCAGAAGUCUCUCAAAGCAGCCCCUGCCCCAGCAAGGGAGUCUGCUACCCUCCAGUUACCCUCAACAGAAACUGCUGAUAUCUCCAAGGUCAAAAUAGAGGACAGAGGUAUGACCCCUCAGCUGCAUCCAGGACAAACUGUGACGAAAGAUGAAAUAGGAGAGGCUGUGUCGAUGCUUCUUGGUGGCACCACACCAUCAACCAAGCCUGAACAACCAGAAAACCAGUCCACUUCACUCAGUUCUGUUAGAUUAGGGGGACUUCCGUACCCCCUGCCAGGCCACGGUGAUGCAAUGCCUUUUCCUCAAGCAGCUCCACAUGCAGAUAUUGGUGAUGAUCCAUUGGGGCUGCCUGACGUAGGGGGACAGCACUCCCCUGCUGUGGAUUUGGCAAAGGUAGAGAGCUCUUUAGAUGGUGAACUGCCCCUUCUAAUACAGGAUCUGCUGGAGCAUGAGAAGAAGGAACUACAGAAGCAGCAACAGCAACAACAGCUGAGCUCCCUCCACCAGGGAGGAAUGGCACCUCAUUUUCCUGGUCUCUCAAGUCAACAGCCGAACCCACAGGCACCUGGACAGAUAAUGCUGCCACAACACCAUCGUCCACCACCGCAAGGAAUGAUGGCUCAGCCAGGGAUGGUACCGCGUGCUCCACACAUGUUGCAGCAGCAGCAGCAGCAAAGGCUUAUGGGAGCUGGAAUGGCACCCCCACCUCACAUGAACAUGGCCCAGCAGCAAGCCAUGGUGAGGAUGGGGCAGCCAGGGAUCCAUCCAGGUGUAGGUCAUCAACCACAGCCACAGCCAGUGGUUAAACCACCUCUGGCCAACAACUUCUUCCCAGAUAAAGAUUUAGACAAAUUUGCAGCUGAUGACAUCUUGGAUCCCAUUGCCAACGCAAAGAUUGUGGCACUUAAGGGUAUCAAAAGAGUUUUAGCCCAGGAUCCAAUGGUUGUCCCCACUGGCAUUAACAGGCAACAAGUUUCUCUGCUUGCUCAGAGGCUGGCCUCUGCCCCGGGUACAGAUCCAAAUCAACUUCCAUCUGUACCUACAAAGGAGGGAGAAACAAGUGAUCCUACCCAGUCAAGACCUAACCCUCCCCAGUUUGUGCAAGGAAUCAUCAAUGAAGCAGAACAACAUCAAUAUGAAGAAUGGCUCCUGCACACCCAGCAGUUACUCCAAAUGCAGUUGAAAUUCUUGGAGGAACAGAUAGGUGUUCACCGUAAAUCACGCAAGGCACUGUGUGCAAAGCAACGCACUGCAAAGAAAGCUGGCAGGGAGUUUGCUGAGGCAGAUGCAGAGAAACUAAAGUUGGUGACAGAAGAGCAGAGCAAAAUCCAGAAACAGCUUGACCAGGUACGCAAGCAGCAGAAGGAGCAUACCAAUCUAAUUGCAGAGUACAGAAGCAAGCAACAGCAGCAUCAGCAAAGCUCAGGUAUUCUUACCCCAGGUCAUUCUGCACAGGGGCCUCCUCCGCACAUGUUUCCCAAGAUGCCUGGCCAGAUGAUGAUGGGCCAACAGGGAACACCAGUAAUGGGCCAGCACCCUGGUGUAAUGCCCCAAGGUGGGAUGCCUGUCAGAAUGCCCCAAGGGCAGCCCUUUAUUGGUGGAGCCCAACCCCAGCUUCCUGGAGCCAGUGGUGCUAGGGCCCCAUGUCCUCCUGGGGCUACAACUGGAUUCUUCCCACAGGGGCCUGGAAUGCAAGCUGCAGACCCCAGGCUCCUCCAAGAAAGACAGCUUCAACAUAGGAUGCAGAUGGCAAAGCUCCAGCAACAACAGCAACAGCAGCAGCAGUUGAUGAUGGGCCAGCAAUCAAUGCCACACCCGAAUCAACAGCCUGGUCUAAUUUCUCAGCCACCGUCUGCUAUGAUGGGCAACCCACUUAUGGCUCAACAACAAGCAAACAAUCAACAAGGAAUGCUAUCCAACCAGGCCAAUCAGCAGGGCAUGGUGCAGGUUCAACAAGGAAUGGUUGGAGGCCAGUCUGUGGCUCCACUGCCACAGACCCUCUCAGGAGGCCAGCCUAUUAAUCAUGCUCAAGCCAUGAUGGCAGUUCAGCCAGGAAUCAUGGGGAACCCGGCAGUUGCAGCAUCACAGCAGCAAAGGCCUCAGCUGAUGAUGGGCCAGCAGGGAAUGGUUGGCUCUCCAGGUCACCCUGGCCUCAGGGGUCCACAGGCCCAAUUGACUCCACAACAACAGAACAUUCUGGCCCAACGUAUGCUAGCAUCUCAGCAACAACAGCAACAACAACAACAGCAAAAUGUUGUGAAGAAUUUGGCCCACCUUCAGCAGCAGCAGAUGGCACAGCAAAGACAACAAACACAGUUGAUCGGUCAGUCCAGCCAAGAGCAAGUAGUGCUCUCCCAACCCUCUACCCCACAGAUGGGCUCCUCGCCUUCAGCUGGAAGUAUCACGCCCCAGCCACAGGGAGCUACAGAAAACCAAAACUCAGGCCCCAAAGAGGGUGGGAUUCUGAGCCCUGAUUCAAGAACACCACCACAGCAGAGUGGACCCUCCACUCCCAAUCAGAUGUCUCAGCUAAACUCUGCAAAUGAUCAUAAAACUGACAUGGCACGACAGCAAUUACAACAGCAGCAGCAGCAUCAAAACCAGGCUUAUAUGACACAGCAGCAACAACAAUCAAAUCCUCAGUCUGUGCCUGAACAACAAGCAGGGUUGAUUGGAAACCAACAGCCUGGUAUGCUUCAGCAACACCAGCAACAACUUCCGCUAACUCUCCAGAGGCAAGGUUCCAUCGGUGUUGACAAGCCCAAUUUGAUGACCAUUAAAGAAGAAGGGAAACCAAAUGAUUUCUUAGCUCAGCAGCAACAGCAUCAAACCGUUCAAAAUGCCAUGCAGCAGUCACAAGAUCCCAACAUCCAGCAGCAGAUCAUAGCCCAGAACCAUCCCGGCCAGCCUCAGCCUGUUGUGAUGGGCCAUAGUCCACAACAGCAAGCCCUCAUGGCCCAGCAGCAAAAACAGCAGGCCAUGAUGGGCAUGAUGAGAGCCCAGCAGCAAGGGAUGAUGGUACAGAGACCUCUGGUUCCACCUGGACAGGUCCGCACCCCAAUCAACAUUCAGGCUAUUAUUGCUCAGAAUCCUCAGCUCCGCAAUCUUCCCCCAAACCAGCAGAUUCAGCACAUCCAGGCCAUGAUUGCCCAGAGGCAGCUCCAACAGGGACAGAUGCUGCGGAUGUCAAUGGGUCAAGGCCAGCAAACACAGUUGAGGCCUCACAUGCCUCCAGGACAGAUGCCACAGGUUGUGCAGCAGAUGCCAUAUGGAGCCAUGGGGAAGCCAGGAGCAGUGGGCCCACAGCAACAGCCAGGCAUGUUGGGCCAACAACCUGGUGUUGCUCCCCAGAUGCAGCAGGGGAUGAUGGUCUCUGGACAACAACAGCCACAAGUAGGAGACAUGAUGCAGCAACAUAUGAGAGGCCAGGUCCCAGUGCCACCUUCCCCCAUUGAUCAGAGCCGUAUGGUAAGGCCAACAUCUCCACGUCAGCCAAUAGUCAAUUCUCCGGGGCACGGAUUUAAUCAGGCUAUGGGAAUGCGUCCACCCACUCCCAACCAGAAUCAACAGGCAAUAAUGGCAGCUGCAGCAGGUCGUAUGCAAGGUUCUCCAUCCCAUGCAUAUUCUCCAAGAGGUCCCUUUGGCAUGAGUCCAGCCCACCCAGCCUCACCUCAUUCAUCCCAUGUCUCUUCACCAUCUAUGGCUGACAGUAGGGCUGGAAGGGGGAGUCCGUACAGCCAUGUCAAAGCAUCUCCACUCAGGUCACCUGGAGCCAAGAGUCCCCUUGAUUGUCCCGGACUAAAAGUAGAAGCUCAGACAUCAGGCAAUGAGACAUGUCACUCAGUUAUUCCCAAUGGUCCACAAAAAGACAUGAAUAUUCAGCAAAGGUCACAGCAAGUCGCAGAGAGCCAUGGGCCUCAAACACAACAUGGCUCCAGACCAGGGGAGCUGUGUAAGAUGACCCUACAGAACAUCAAACAGGAACCAAGAGAAGUGCAGUGUGAUGGUGCACCAGAGGCUCAUCCUGGGGCGAUAAAGCGUGAAGCAAUGGGUGAGGCAGUAACUUCUGGGAACAACACCAGCUUUAUUAAUGCUGGAAACAUGGCUGGAGACCAUGGGACACAAGGCCCCAGAUCUGAGACUGGACAGCAACUACUUCAGAAACUCCUGAGAACGAAGAACCUUCAGCUUGGUGCUCAGAGGCCCUCUGAGGGCAUCCACAAUGAGAUUAAUGGCCACAUCAACAGCAAACUUGCAAUGUUGGAGCAAAAACUUCAAGGGACUCCACGAAAUAUGGAGGAUUUACAGUCUAUAACAAAAAGGGCUCCUGCACAAAAGCCAAAGCGCACUAAUAAGGCAGCUGGAGACCGAGGGCCUAAUGCACGGAAGAAGAACAAAAAGGAAGAAGUCGGAAAAAGUGCUGAAGCUCUGAUAAAGCAACUCAAACAGGGUCUCUCUUUGCUGCCCCUGAUGGAGCCUUCAAUCACUGCCAGUCUGGAUCUGUUUGCCCCUUUCGGAAGCAGCCCAGCCAAUGGAAAAGCCCAGCUCAAAGGAUCAUUUGGAAAUGCAGUGCUGGACAAUAUCCCAGACUACUAUUCUCAGUUACUGACAAAGAGUAACCUCAGCAACCCACCAACACCCCCAUCCUCCCUGCCACCUACUCCUCCGCCUUCAGUGCAGCACAAGCUGCUGAAUGGAGUGACUCCUGGGGAAGAGCUGUCAGAGGGUCAGAAAGACACAGAGCCAGCAGAGGAGCCAAUGGAUUCUGGUAAAGAGGAAGUAAAGAGUGUAGACAUUCUAGCAGCUCUCCCAACACCACCGCAUAACCAGAAUGAGGACAUCAGGAUGGAGAGUGAUGACGAAGAUGCCCCAGAAAGCAUCAUCCCAGCAUCAUCCCCUGAGAGUAACGUAGGCGAUGAAACGCCACGUUUCCCUCACCUACGGGAGCCUAAAGAGGAGGAGACUGAGAGAGCAAUAUCCCCCAUCAUCCCUCUCAUACCUCGCACUGCCAUUCCAGCAUUCCCAGAAAACAAUCCAUUUGAAGGAGCUGAUGGCAAGGUGGUUCCCACAUCCAACCACUGGGACAAAGCCAAAAACAACGAAGUAUCUGUUACCUUCACAUUGUCCUCUGCUGCAGCCAAGAAACUGAACCACGUCAUGAUGGCCAUGGCCCAGCUGCUUAAUAUUAGGAUGCCAGGCUCUUAUGAGGUGACUUUCCCUCCCCAAAACCCUGACAUGCCUGCAGGGGAUGGGCCUGGGAAAGGACCAGACCAGUCAGGGGCUCUUUGUUCAAAGGACAGUGUUUCACCCAGUCAGGAUGAGUGGCUCAGGCAGUUUGACGUGUCUCUACCAGGCUGUACAUUGAAGAAACAAGUGGACAUUCUGGCACUUAUUAAACAGGAGUUCCCAGAAAGAGAAGACAAGCCGGCCCAGCACUGUUACACAACCAAUGUAAAUGACUUGGAUGUACGCCACCUUCCUGCUAUACCAGUGGAAGAGUCUCCACCGCCAUCGCCAUCCCCACCACAUCCUCCCCCGUCUGUCUCAGUUCCAACCAGUGAAGCUGAACCCUCCAAAAAAUCAGCUUCUCCUUCCCCGCCUCCCUCCAGUCCCAUCACUAUCAAGAUCAAGACUGAGCCUGGACAGGAAGCUGAAGCUCCUAUUGAUGCUGCUCAACCACCUGAUGUCACAGAGUCUGAGGUUGCUGCACCAGAGUCGGUUGCCAAUCCAGCAACUGCCUCUGAGGUUCCAGAUCCUCCUGCUCCUACUGAAGAGCAUCUAAGUCCUGCUGUCAAGGAGGAGGAUAUUUCCACUGAUGCAGCUCAACCUCCUAAAGAUUCUCCCAUCAACAUGGAGUCCUCCCCUAAGGCUGUCGCUCAGCGCAGGCCUCUCUCCCCUGAUGAGGAGGUGGUACAUCCCAAAGUGAAAAAAUGGAAGGGGAUUCGCUGGAAGCGUCUUCAGAUUGUCAUCACAAUACGUAAGGGUGGGUCAAAGAAAGAGAGCAGCCGUGAGGUGUCUGAACUAAUGGAACGCCUGCGUAUUACUCUUCGACCGGACAGGCUGCCUCGGGACAAACGUAAAUGCUGCUUCUGCCACGAGGAAGGCGAUGGAGCCACAGAUGGGCCUGCCCGGUUGCUUAACAUUGAUGUGGACUUGUGGGUGCAUCUCAACUGUGCCCUGUGGUCCACAGAGGUGUAUGAGACGCAGGGGGGUGCCCUCAUCAAUGUGGAGGUGGCUCUGCGUCGUGGAUUGCGGACUCUUUGCGCAUACUGCCAGAAAACGGGGGCCACAAACAGCUGCAACAGAAUGCGCUGCCCGAAUGUCUACCACUUCGCCUGUGCCAUCCGGGCACGCUGCAUGUUCUUUAAGGACAAGACCAUGUUGUGCACCCAGCAUAAGCUAAAGGGCCCCAGUGAAGACGAACUCACCAUGUUUGCUGUUUUACGGCGUGUCUACAUCGAGCGUGAUGAAGUGAAGCAGAUUGCCAGCAUCUUACAGCGAGGUGACCGUAUCCACCUGUUCCGUGUUGGUGGUCUCAUCUUUCAUGCCGUCGGCCAGUUGCUACCAUCUCAAAUGGCCAACUUCCACUCACCCACUGCCAUCUUCCCUGUUGGUUAUGAGGCCACACGCAUCUACUGGAGCACACGUGUGCCCAACAAGCGCUGUCGCUACCGCUGCCGCAUCAAUGAGGAUGAUGGUCGGCCCUUGUUUGAAGUGCGUGUUCUGGAGCAUGGCAUGGAGGACUUACAAUACCGUGACACUACUCCAGAGGGGAUCUGGGAGCGGGUGGUUCAAUCGGUGGCUAAACUCAGAGAUGAAUCAUCCAUGUUGAAGCUCUUCACUGAGCAUGUCAAGGGAGAGGAGAUGUAUGGCCUCACAAUUCAUGCUGUCAUGCGUAUCACUGAGUCGUUGCCUGGAGUGGAAAACUGCCAGAACUACCAGUUCCGAUACGGCCGUCACCCUCUGAUGGAGCUCCCUCUUAUGAUUAAUCCCACCGGCUCUGCUCGUUCUGAGCCCAAAGUCUCCACGCAGUGCAAGAGACCUCACACUCUAAACAGCACCAGUGUGUCGAAGGCCUACCAGAGUACCUUCACUGGAGAGCUCAACACACCUUACAGCAAGCAGUUUGUUCACUCCAAGUCAUCCCAGUAUCGGCGCCUGAAGACUGAGUGGAAGAACAACGUAUAUCUGGCACGAUCCCGCAUUCAGGGCCUGGGUCUGUACGCUGCGAAGGAUCUGGAGAAGCACACCAUGGUCAUCGAGUACAUUGGCACUGUCAUUCGCAACGAAGUGGCCAAUCGCCGUGAGAAGAUCUACGAGUCACAGAACCGUGGGAUCUACAUGUUCCGCAUCAACAACGAGCAGGUGAUCGAUGCCACUCUGACAGGAGGGCCAGCUCGCUACGUCAACCAUUCCUGUGCCCCGAACUGCGUUGCAGAAGUUGUAACAUUUGACAAAGAAGACAAGAUUAUCAUCAUUUCCAGCCGCAGGAUCCCCAAGGGAGAAGAGCUGACCUACGACUACCAGUUUGACUUCGAAGACGAUCAGCACAAGAUCCCUUGUCAUUGUGGAGCCUGGAAUUGCCGGAAGUGGAUGAACUAACAAGAAGAGAGCAAAAUGGAGAAUUCCCCUUCUCACUGGUGCCAGAACACUCCUGCGCCAAAGCCUUUGAAUCCUACAUAGCCAGUGCAUAAGCUGUUGUGAAAGAUGUGGAGGAAGGCUGGCCUCCGUCAUUGAAAGACUAAAGCGUUGACACCUGUAGCCAAAGGUUUGAAGAGCAUUAAUCAAUAAAAGCAACCGACCUCUUCCAUCAGCAGCAGCUUGAUGGAGGGACUAACUUUCUUGUUUGGACUAGUGAAUCACCUUUUCCUCAGCCAACCCCCCCCUCCCCCUCGACUGUUCUCAAUAAUCUCACAGUGGCUGGAAAAAAACAAUCCUCAACAUCUACCAAAUGAUUCUGACCCUCUGAUAUCAAUACUCACAGUGCAGAGCUCACCUGGAGCUUCGACAAAAAGCCAUUUUUAAAAUACUAAGAAUGAACUAAUGAUGCAUUUUUAUGUUUUAAGUCGGACCUAUUUCCUGUCCCACCUGACCGCACCUCCCCCUCACCUCCCAGAAAAGGCACUUUCCCAUCAAGUCAUCAAUGAAGACAACACGGAUUUUGGCUAGCUAGACAAUCUUGAUGUGGCUCUGCGUAAGAACUACAUAUGAUCGAUGGAGAAAAAAAAAAAAAAAGAUGUAAGUUAAAAAUUUGAGAUGCUAUUGAUCUGUGGCUCCAGAGGCACCAGAUGUUCUGUGGAGUCCCAAGGUGGGUUAGUUGGACCCAGUCUACCUCAUUGAUUUAGCGGGAAGCGACUGCUUUGUAUAAAAACUGUUAACUGCUACUGUGGAACGGGGGGGGAAGGGGGAAAUGUUUUUAUGGGCUUAGCCUUCUCGGACAAGCAGGGAAUCUUAAGCAGCAGGUUUGCUCUAUCUACUCUAUGCUGAUGAUGAUUUACAAUAAUGAGCCAACAUAAUUAUUAUUCAUGAAUUGUUUAUACAGAGGAAAUAUAUGACAGUUUUGAUAAGAUAUUGCAUUAAAAAUCACAAUCAGAAGCUUAGCAGGUGUCCUGUAUGCCACCAAAUCCUCCUGGAUAUUGAUGUAGCUUUUUCUUUUUCUUUUGUUUUUUUUCUUCUUUUUAUUUAUGCGUCUCAAAAUUAUUAGCUGUGUGAAAGCACAAAAAAUCCACCUUUUUAAGUUGCUUAAAGACGGUAAUGGUGUGAGUGAAUGGCUUUAGGAUCACAGGACGCGCGGCCUUUUGCAGAAGACUACGAAGUCCGAAUUUAACCAAGUACACAUUUGCUUGUCGCUUCAUACAUUUGAAGUUCCACUUGUUGGACAAAAACCAGCCAGUGGAUGCAUGACUACUGUCCCAUUAAAAGCUUUUUAUUCUCCCCCACAACUCAAAUCUUUUCACAACUCAACCUUAAACUUUGAAUCAUGCCUCUUCCUCUCUGUAUUAUUUAGUGGACUGUUGUUAAACUUUACUGUAGUAAGUCUUCCUCUGCCUGAGUACAGCCUGCAGUGUUUCUACUUCCCCUGUAGUGUGCUUUUCUAGUGCUGGUACUGUCCUCUCAAGGCUGAACUGAUGGCAGGGAAUGACUUAUUGGAAAAAAGGGCAUUUGUUUUUCAUUUCUGUGUAAGAAGAAUGAAAAAAAGUCUUUAAAGGGAGCUUUACUAAAACUCCACCUUCCCAUACUACUUUGUUUCCUCCUCCCCCUAACCUAAGACCUCACAUGAUUUUAAAAAUGCAAAGUUGUACAAACUGUAUAUAUAGUAUAUGCAUUGGGGGGACAGCAACUCUUUAUCCAGCCCCUUUGUAAUCAAUAAAGUCAAGUGUAGAGAAAUAAAAUUGAAAAAAAAUCAACCACUGGAUAUCAUUUUAACAAAGAUAAAGCUGUAUAUAAAUAUAAAUAUAUGUAAAAUGGCAAACUAAUAUCUUUAUGUAUAUGAACCAGAGUGUUUUGCAUUUACCUGUUUUUUCUAUUAGUGUUUUUUGCUAUAAGCUCUCAGAGACAAGUUUGUUAAAAUAGGUUUAAGAAAAAAAAAAGUCUGGUCUUCUCUAAUCAAUUGCGACGAGAAGCCGGUGUGAUUACAAAACGGUUUGGAUUCAUGUGGAGGGUUGUUAAUUAGACAUGAAAAUCACUUCUUGCGUAAAGCAGUACAAUGGUGCAUAGCAUUUGUAUUUAUGUAAUAUUGUUCGUGUUUAUUUUUCUUUUUUAUUUAUGCUACUGCUUGUUGAUUACCAAAACCUGUCCCUUAAUUGGUCACAAUUGGAUUAAUAUACUCUUGAAUGGAAAAUCUUGAAUUCCCUAGAAUAUUGUUAGUGUUUUGCUUUUUUAUAUCUUCCCUAUAGAAGUGAAUGUGUUGGUAAACCUUGUGAAAUGGUUUCUUGGCCUAAUGUAUGUUAUGAUGUUAUACUCAAAGUUAAUCCCAUACUUAACCUGGUAAUGAAUUGCACUCUCAUAGUAUAAUGGAGAACUUCUCUAAAGUGGUAGAUAUUGAUCAAGUAUCCGAAGCAGUGAUAUAUAUAUUUUUUGGUAUGUUUCUAUUUCAAGGGAAGACCAUGACGAGACAUUAUGCCGCUCACUGGAUUUUAGCCUGAAUAAUUUUUAACUUCUCUGAAUCUUAAUUUAAGUUCUCUGCAUAUCUUAUAAUUUAAUAAAGUUUGCUCAAAAUUGAAGGUUUUUUUUAACCUCACCUACUUUUUAAAAAGAUGUUGCAUCUGUACAGCAGAGAUACUUUUAGGGAAUAUGAAUAAAUAUAAUGAUCAUUUUUAUUGUAUGUGGCAUGUUUUGUAUGGAUAUUAUUUUGAAUUGUACAUAUUUUUUUCAGGACGCCAGAGGUUGCAUCUCUUUAUAUACAGCUUUCCCACUCCCUUUCCCCCUCAUCUUAUUUCUUUGUCUGCUUUUGUUUCUUGUAAAGGAAAAUAAAAUGCAUUUUAAAUAUG